UCCUCUCCCACUCGCCCGUUUUUAUUCGCCCCCCUCUCCCCCGAGCAGAAGAAAUCCAGAGAACGGGGACGACAGCUAGGGUUUUGAUUCCGGCCGCGCGCCGCCUCCCCUCUCCUCCCAGACGCAUCCCCUCCCCUCUCCUCCCAGACGCAUCCGGCGGAGGCGGGCGGAGGCUCGAGGAGACCAAGGCCGCCUGAAGCAUAUCCUCCACCCCAACCGCCGACCCCCUCGCGCGCCGCAAGAGUUGCCAGUGCACUGUUGGAGUUUGCCACUUGGUUGUUGACAGAAUAACUUUAAAUAUGUCAUAUUAUGCCAGAAGGGGUGGAGAUAGGGGUACUGGCCGUAUCCAAGGAAGUGGUGGUAAAGGUGGACAUGCCCUGCGUGGAAGAUCAGGACUGCCUCCUCGAGGACCUCUCGGGGUUAGCUCCCGACCGUCUGCACGCACAAUUGCUAAGUCAUUUAGCAGAACCAAAGACAUGACCUGGAGACCUGAUCUGUUUAGUGAUAGUAUGGCGGCUAGUGGAAUAGAAACUGGUACAAAACUGUACAUUUCAAACUUGGACUAUGGGGUUUCUAAUGAGGAUAUAAAGGAACUAUUUUCAGAAGUUGGUCAUUUGAAACGCUUUGCUGUUCACUACGAUGGUUAUGGCCGCCCAAAUGGCACUGCAGAGGUGGUGUUUACACGGAGGAGUGAUGCAAUUGCUGCACUGAAGCGUUAUAAUAAUGUUCUACUUGAUGGAAAAGCUAUGAAGAUAGAAGUCAUUGGAAGUGACUUAGGAUUGCCCAUGACACCUCGUAUAAAUGUUGUUGGGGCAUCUAAUGGCAGAGCUACAAGAACAGUUGUUAUGACGCCUGAGUUUAGUCAACGUGGCAGAGGUUCAAGCAGUAGGCCUUUAAGUAAUCCGAGCAACAGGUUUAACAACCGUGGUGGUUUCCAAGCUGGUCGAGGCCGUGGUCAGUUCCAGGCUCGUGGCAGGGGCCGUGGACAGUUCCAGGCCCGUGGCAGGGGCCGCGGUCAGUUCCAGGGCCGUGGUGGCAGAGGGAGGAAGCCUGAGAAGACCGCAGAUGAGCUGGAUAAAGACCUGGAAAGUUAUCAUGCCGAGGCCAUGAAAACCGAUUGAUCGCAAGAAGAUAAAUGCUGGUGGGCAUGUUGUGCUUCGUUUAAGGUCUGCUGGAAGAUUGUGGUGUAGCUGUUUGCGCCAUACUAUUUUCUGGGAGCAUAGAACUUCUUUCUCAUUUGGUUGGUUUGAGGAAACAACUAUUCCCCUUCCCUGUAGUAAGCUCGAAUGAAAGACCACCGUAGUGCCUAGUGUGUAGUGAUUGCCCGAACUCGCAAUCUGAAGUGUUUAUUUUGUGUACCGGUUGCUUUUUUAGAUUAUCAAGAAUGCUGCAGUGCUAGAGAUGGUGUUAAGUUAAUGCCUAGAAGGUUUACCAUGCUGAAAAUUUUAGCCCAUA